CGCAAAUAAUCUAAUAAAAUCAUAUAAAAUUUAUGAAUAACAAAUUAUUACUUUGACUUCCCAGUAGAAAAAAAAUUAUGAUUAAUUCCAUCUCUUAGAAUAUGAUGUACCUGGAUCGUAUUUCACCUAUAAUAAUGAUAGGCUUGAUUAACUGGAACCUAGUUUUAUCUGAAUUCAUAGCAUAUGGAUCUAAUACUAUGAAUAAGAAUACAGAAAAAGUUUUAAAUUCUGUUAUUUCUAAGAAGCAAUCUGAAUUACUAGAAAAUUCAAAAUCUUCAUCAGCAUCAAUACAUACACAGGAUACUUCAAAUGAAUAUAUGUUAAGUGAUCAUCCAUUAUCUGUAAUUAACUUUAAUAAGCAUCAAAAAUUUUCGUAUCUAAAUGAUAUGCAACCAGAAAAUGUUGAUAAUUCAAAACAUCCAUUAUUAUCUGAUCCAUUGUUUGAUCCUUCAAUUCUUACAGAUACUGCUGCUCGUGUAAUUCAAUCCAACCGUUGUACAACAGAAGAACGCCAAAAACGAAUACAAUGUUUCGAGGUACUACCUGCGGAACAGUAUGCUAUACCAUUAGGACAUACUGUGAAUAUGCAAUGUGUUGUUUUAAAUCAGCAUGGAAAAGUUCAAUGGCGUGCAAAAAAAAUACUUCUCGGUUAUGAUCGUUCUAUACCGGGUUACUCUAGAUUUAGAAUAAUUGGUGAUGUUGGACGAGGAGAGCAUACAUUACAAAUUACAGAUGUUCAACGUGAUGAUGCUGGAGAAUAUGAAUGUCAAGUCACUCCAGUCCCAGUUAAUAAUCAUCCAUUAUUAAGAAGAAAAACGUAUCUAGAAGUUCUUAUUAAGCCAAAUGAACCACAGAUUUUAUAUCAAAAUGUACAGUUACCCGACAAGAAAUUGAUCAUAUCUCAACCAGAUCCUAUUUUGCGUAUUAGUUUAGUUUGUUCUGCAGUUGGUGGCCGACCAGCUCCAAAUUUCAAAUGGUUACUUAACCGUCAUGAAAUACCAAAUCUGGAGGUAAAAACUAAAACACCGAUGAGUCCUAAUGAUGUAGCCAAAAUGAAUAAUUUGCUCAAAAUUUGGGGUAAAUUACAUCCUAUUAUCAAUAAUAAAGAGAAUGAUGAACAAUCUAGUCUAAGUAUCCUUAAAGCUGGUUUAGAAGAUGGUGAUGAAAUUGUGUGUAGUGUGUCCAACGCUGCAACUCAAAUAAAUCAUGAUCCAAUGAAACGUAAUUUAUCGAUAACAAUUACUGUAGAAGUUCAUACUCCUCCCGGUCCUCCGAAAAUCGUCAGUCCUGAAACAAACCAUGUUUAUUUAGAUGGUGAACAGUUACGUGCAGUAUGUGUUUCCUCACCACCUGGCAAACCUUUAGGUGGACUAUUCUGGAGAUGGUUAAUAAGAACAAGUCAAGUUGAUGACAGCGAUAUUCAGAAAAUCAGUGGAAUUGGGGGUAGGGGUGGUGCUAGACUCAGUGAUUACACAUCUGUUGAAGCCUAUCUACGAAGUUUAGACAGUAGCAAUAGUGGUGGUAGUUUAUCGCAGAAAAUCGCUAUGCCAGAACUAUCUCAAUUGCAGCAGGGAGAUUUUAUUUCCGAAGAUGUACAACCACUACAUUACACACUUACUAAAGAGAAAGAUCAAUUAGUAAAUACACUGAUCAUUCAACGAGUUACUCGGAAGUAUCAUGCUGCUAAACUGAUUUGUGAAACUGGACAUCCUGUGGGUUCGGCUCACCAAACAAGUAUCACAAUAUUUGUGAAACAUGCACCAGCUAAUGUCACAAUUUCAGUAGAAAGUGGUAGCAUUGAUGAUGAUCAUACUGGUGGACGCCAUGAAAAAGUAGCAUAUGCACGUGCCGGUGAAAUGAAAACAUUUAUUUGCAAAACUGCUCCAUAUUACGGUCAGGCAACUAUUAAGUGGUUAUUUCAAGCAGCCGGUGCUAGUAUUACAACACCACCCAAACAACUGGUUGAUAAAGCUGUCACAUUCAAAACACCGGAUGGAGAGAGUGUCUAUCAGGAGUCACGGAUUCAGAUCACUGUUCGACCAGAAGAUGACAGAAGUUAUAUAGAUUGUCUUGUUUGGAGUGUUGGAGAUGCACGCAUUGAUUCAAGAGUUCGCCUAGAUAUUAUCCAUCCGCCAGAUACGCCUAAGAUUACUGGUUAUAAAAGUGGCCAACCAGUGAACAUGGCUCAUCUUUUGGAAUUUACGUGUACUACCACAGGUGGCAAUCCACUGCCUGAACUCCAGUGGUUUAAAGAUAAAAAACCGAUCACAAACAAUGGUGAACCAAUUGUUAUAGGUAAACAAACUACUAUUAAACUAAAGCUUGUACCACAAAAAGAGGAUAAUGGUGCUGAAUAUCAUUGUUCAGCUCGUAACACUGCAACAAACAAUGAAUGGAUAGAUAGUGAAGCUAUAAUUUUAAAUGUUUUAUUUCCACCACAACGAGUAAGUUUAAAUUUUGGCGGUAAAUCGGUAGUUCAAAGUGGUGAACAACUUGAAAUCAACUGUCAAGCAGAUAGUUCAAAUCCAGUUGCUGUUAUCACAUGGCGUCAUUAUCAAUGUGGACCAGCUCAUGCGUUUUAUCGACGUCAUUUAUUACAACAACAACAAAAAUUACCAAAAUCUAGUAGUAGUACAAAUGAAGGGGAAAAGUGUAAAUUAUUAGAACUAAAAGGUUCCGAUGAAACACCUAUUCCUGGAGCAUCCGGCGGUUUAUUAGCCAGAAGUCAUUUAUGGUUACGUCCAACUUGGAGAUAUCAUAUGGACUUUAUCGAAUGCCAAGCGGAGAAUCCAGUUUAUGGUCCACCUAUUUGGCAUGAUAGACUUCAAUUAAAUAUCACAUUUGCACCACAAUUCUAUGGGCUUCAAGUAGGUGAUCACCGAGUAAUACGAGAAGGUGAAACGACUCAUCUAGACUUUGGAUUAUAUGCAAAUCCUCCAGUUACAUCUGUUUCAUGGUUUCGUAAUGAUCAGUUACUUCCAUUUGAACCUAAAGAAACUGAUACAUGGCAAGGUGUUUUUGCAGCUGGUUCUGUUGGAGAACUACUUUCAUUACAUAAAAUUAAUCGAGAAAAUAUGGGCAAUUAUACAGUGGUAGUUUCUAAUUCACAACAUGAAUCACGAAAUACAUUUUUUCUUAAUGUUACGUAUCCAGCAAGUAUUGUUGGUAAACUUGAAGAGAACAUAACACAAACGACUAAAGACUAUGCUGCUUUAGAUUGUAAAGCUGAUGCGAAUCCGGCUAUACCUGAUAGAACAUUUAAAUGGUAUCGUUACUUUCCACCUAAGGGCUGGACAGAAGAAGUAGAUGAGGGGGCAUUACAACUGAGUGAACCAAUUUAUUGUAAUCAAUCUCAGGUUGACAAACCAAAAAUGCUUGCUCAGUGUUUUCAACAAGAUAAGUUUCAAAUCUCUAGUACAUUUUACAUCUAUCAACUUACAGAAGAUGAUGUCGGUAAAUAUGUUUGCGAGGUCAGUAAUGGAAUAGGUGAACCAGUGAAGAAGACAUUUAAUCUUUUGUAUCAUUUUCCUCCAAAAAUAAUUCAAUUGCCUCGAUAUACAAAAGCAGCUGGUGAACAAAGUUCCAAAGUAUGGUUAACAUGUUACAUUCGUACAGAACCAACUCCACAAAUUGCUUGGCUCAAAGAUAAUAAAUUAAUCCCAAUGGAUGCGUUAAUUCAAAGUAAAACUACAGAUAGUAAAAAUGGAAUGAAAAAAUAUGAAAAUUUUUUAACUCAUAUACGUCCUGGAUUAUAUAAAGCUCAGUUAGCUGUUAAUGAUAUUAGAAAAUAUGACUUUGGUUCCUAUAGUUGUCAGGUUCGUUGGCGUGAAGUUGGUUCAAUUAGUUUGUAUAAAUAUGCUGACGUAGCAUCAAAUGAUAAUCGAAAUGUAGUUGAGUACUUCAUUACCGGUUUAAAACCUGGAAGUGAAUACAUAGUCAGUGUGAAUUCUAUGAAUUCAAAACAUGGAUCUAGUGCCUACACAGACCCUAUUCAUUUAAGAACACUACCAAUAGAUUCAUACAAUGGACGUGAACCUAUGCCACCCUUAUCAAAUUCUGGUUAUUCAGAUGACAAUGCUUUAUUAAUCAUAGUAUCUGCAUGUGUUUUUGGAUUUGUUAUUCUUCUUAUUAAUGUCAUAGUUAUUAUUUUCUUAAUUAAACGACGUCGUCAUCGUAAUAUGAUGAGAAGACGACAAUAUAAAUCUGAUCAAGGAGUUACUAUGACCAAUGGAGUUGCAUUAACACGUCAUGAUCAAUCUGGUACUGAUAUGAAAGCACAUCUUCAAUCAUCUUUUAUUGAUCAAAAUGAUAAUUUUAUAGAUACAGAUAUCAGUACAACAUGUAUAUGUUGUCCACCUAACAAAAAAAAACUCACAAGUUCAGGUUAUGUAAAAGCAGACUCUUAUGGUAAUUUUUCCCGUACACAUGGUUAUGCACCUCAUGAUAUUUGUCCAUCUCAAUGUUCUCAGUAUAUACCUACAGAUGUUGAUCAACAAGGAAAUUUGAUGAAUCAUAACAUCACAAGCAGUAAUCCAGAUUUUAAUCACUUAACUUCUAAUCAAAUGACAACAAGUUACCCGGUUCGCCAUUUAACAUCUCCAAAUCCAUAUUACAAUAAUACGCUGAAUUAUCCAAUGACUCGUCAUGGUUCUACUGAACUCGGAAUAGUUUAUUCAUCAGCAAAUCCAGUUAAUCAAUUAAGACAUGAACAUGGAAGCAUAAAACAUUCUACUCGCCAUGGUCAACACACUCCAAGACAACCAAAUCAGUCUCGUUACUAUGGUACAAAACCUAAUUUUGGAAGUACACGUUAUUUUUGUUCAUCAAGAGAAGUUAUUCAAUCGAAUACAUCUAGAAAAAAUAUACCUCAUUUUGAAAAUCGACAAAGUGUAAACAAUCUUUCUCAUGCAAUAUCUAGUGACUUAUUUACUCUUCAAAACCAAUGUAAUUGUGAACAACAAUAUUCUAUGCACAAACCCCAUCAAAUUCAAUGUCACAAACGAUUACCAUAUUCUUGUUCUACUUGCUUAAAAUCAAAAUCAAGUUUACAUAAUAGUAAGCAGUCAUUUCAUACACUCAACACUCAGAAUUCUGUCAUUGGUAAGUCUAUCAUUUAUAUUUAUAGAUAUAAGCUAGAAAUUUAAGUAGAUUAAUUUUAGCCAGUCGGUCUUGUAAAUCGGCUUGAAUAUACUCUUUAACUUCCUGAGAAUAAAUUUUGACCUUAAUUAACCUCACAUUAAACCUCCAGGAUUGUAAGUUGCAUAGCCUGUAUAAUAAAUACGUCAAAUAAUUCAUUUAGGUUUACCCUGAAAUUUAGCAAAAACUUCCGAAUGACUCAUAGAACUUUUGAUGUUGUUCAUGGAGAUAGAACAUGAAAGAAAAUCUCUCUUAAAGCAGAUCAAAUGUUUCAAUGUGAGCUGUGAAGACUCCAAAAACUCUUGAAACCUGAAAGGACUGUUAACUAUUAGUGUUGACAGAGACUUCAGAUGUAUGGUCUCUGUUGAUUUUCGCUGAUUACCCUUCUAAAAUAUUGCUGCUGAACUAAACUAGUGAAACAAUUCAACUUAAGAAGACGAUAUACGUUAAGCGUCAGGAAAAGAAACAUUUGAAGAGCCUAACUUCAGAGGAUUUUAGUAGAUAUUGUUGGACAAAACAACGAAACAUGAGACAAGUGCAUUUCAAUGAAUGAGAAGUAUUCUGAACGAGCUAAGAACGAUACACCUUAAUUACAUGAAAUAACGUUGUCGUGACCUCUGUCUAUGCAUAUAUAUAUAUUAUUAUUAUUAUCAGGCUCUCAUAUCUGAAAUAAUAUGGGUCACACUUUUAAAACCAACACAAACUUUGGAAAUACUUUAGAUAGUAGCCUUUGUUAUUCACAUACGAGAAGCUGGAGAGUAAAACAAUCUAAAUUUUAUCCUAUCUUGAAAUAAUUUUUUCAGUCUAAAAUACUAGGACGAAACGUCCGUUAAGUGUCUCCAGCUCUUCAAUGUUGGUUUUAAAAACAAGGUGCCAAUAACAUUUUAAUUCACUAAAAGUGAAACUAGAACACUUAAAUAUACUGAAGGUUUAGAAAAAUGUUUUUCAAUUGUUACUGUACAAUUAAUCAGCCUACUAGUUUGUUCACGUAUAUACUGAAAGUAUCCAGUGAUGUGAUAAGUUUAAGACAUUACAUUUAAAAGACUAUUUUGGUGACAAUCUAAAUUACGUUUGUUUUUUAACGACUUAUCAAUCCAAUAUUCUAGAUAAUUUUUCUGAAGAGGACAAAGAUUCCGAUCGUAGUCGUUAUGCGGAUCAACUUAGACGUAUUCAAUACAGUGGUGGGCCGACUGCUCAGCUUUUAUUAGGUAAUAUCAACAUACAAAAUGACCAUUCAAGUCCUGAUUCUAAUUUAGCACCUUCUCAAGAGGAGCACAAUAUAAAUAACUUCCAUUCAUGCUUAUCAAAAUCCAAAUUAAAUAUGCACAAGAUCGAAUUGAUGAAUAAUACUGAUAAUAAUCAUCUUAUCUCUAAUUUAAAUCAAUAUAACGAAAAACCAAGCAGUUUAGCAGACAAUGAAAAUCUUGAAACAUCAAGAUUGUUAUAUUCAAAUCAGUUCAACCGUCAACAACAACUACAAAAUCAACACAUUACUAAUGAUUUCUCUGCUAUUCCAAAUGUAGAUAACACUGAAAUCAGGUCAACCCAUCUAUCUGACUGUUUUGUUUAACUUCUUUUGCCUUUUUUCUCUCUCUCUAUCUCUCUGGUUAAAUCCACUUCUGUUUUUUUUCUAAAUUGUUCUUUUAUACUCAUUUACUCUCCUAACUAAUAUUUCCGGUUUCUAAGUUGAAUGUUAAACUGUAUAGACAUUAUUUUCAAUAAUCUUUUACACUUGAAAACAAACUUCGACAUUCAUGAUUUAUUUUAUUUCGAAUAGUAAUUACUUCUGAAAUAACAUUCCUCAAAUGAUUACACAUGGGAAAAACACAACGCUCCCCCCUCCACCUCACAAAUAGGUUUAUCAUUACAAAACUAGAAUACAUAUAUAUUUGUGAAUUCUUUCUUCGGUUUUUUUCUUUUUCAUUUGUUUUUUUCUUUUUUUGUAAAAUUUAAUAUUCAUACCACUUUUAUAACGAUGUAAAGUUUAACGUUUCUAUGACUGUAUUUCAUUUCAAUUUAGUUAUAUGAUAAAAUGUCUCUUUUUUUCAAUGAUUCAAAUGAUCAACUUCUUCUUAUAUAUCAUUUCGGUCAAUUUUCAUGACUGAUAAACAAAAUGUUGAUAUCAAUUGAUUAUUUAAGAGAAUAUUCAAUUGUAAGUUGUAAUACUUCACUUCAAUUUACAAUAUUACUAUAAUUAUUAGUUGUGUGUUCAUUUGUUAAUUGUGAAACUACAAUAUUUCACAGAAAAAUAAUUUUUAGCAAAAAAUAACUAUUUUCUUUC